UGAUGCUAAAGAUGGAUCUGUAAACUUCUUAAACUGUCUUUAGUGUUUCUCCUCCUCCUCGUUUAAACUCUACAUUAAUGAAACUUCGUUCGUGGCUUUAUGUGCGAUAAACCAUGAGGAACCGCGGCGCUUAUAAUGUAGACCCGAGACUCAAACACCGAGUCCAUCAGUUCCUGAAGACACAUGAUGAUCAGUAUGUGGAUAUUUCAGCCAUGGCCUCUGAGCUUCAGCAACAGUUCAGGACGGAGUACGGCCGCAGGAACAGGACCGCCUUCAGGAUUCAAGUGGAAAAAGUGUAUGCAGUGAUAUGCAGCGAGUCUGACAUCUGUGUCCUGGAGAACACACACCUGGCCAAGCGAGCGCGGCGCAGCCGAGAGGACGGGGACGCCAGCGAGGGCAGCACUGACAGCGAGGACGAGGUUCCCGAACACGAGCACACGAACCUGAUGAACAGCUCUCUGACGUCCCUGUACCAGAGCGGAGCGAGCGGCUCGACGCCUCGGAGGAGCGAGGGCUGGGUCCUGGACCACACAGGAGAACCACAGGACAACAUCUGCAUCGACCUGUGUGAGGACGAGGCCGCCAGCACUGAGAGGCAGAGGAACCCUUCGAAGAAACCGAGAUCGAAGAGCGGAAAGCUGAAGAGGAUGAAGAAGAACACGCAUGAGGAGGACGAGGAGAUCAGUGACGCAAUACUGCAGAAGAAGAGGAAGAUCACGGCCCACGAGCUUCAGCACUCUCCUGUGAAGUUUGAGGAUUUCGGAGGCAGUGAUGAAACUCUGCAGGAUGUGUGUAAGCUGCUGAUCCACAUGAGGCAUCCGGAAGUGUACCAGCGGCUCGGAGUCGUUCCUCCGCGGGGAUUCCUCCUGCACGGGCCGCCGGGGUGUGGGAAAACACUGCUCGCUCAAGCUGUGGCCGGAGAGACGGGUUUGCCCAUGCUGAAGGUCUCUGCGCCGGAGCUGGUGUCUGGAGUCUCUGGAGAGUCGGAGCAGAAGAUGCGGGAACUGUUCGAGCAAGCCAUAAGCAGCGCUCCCUGUAUCCUGUUCAUCGACGAGAUCGAUGCCAUCACCCCGAAGCGAGAGAUCGCCUCCAAAGACAUGGAGCGAAGGAUUGUUGCUCAGCUUCUCACCUGCUUGGACGGGCGCAUGUUUAACUGA